GCUGUGCUCUCUAGCUCUCUCCUCAUCUCUUGAGGCGCAGGAGCAGUAAAGCACUCCAUCUUUAUCCCAAGCCUAGGGAGAACCAGCCGAGACAUUUGAUGGGUAGGCUUUUUAUUUGUAUUUUUAAAGGGCCAGAAGCAAAUUGGAGGGAGUUGAAAUAUACUAUUUCAGCCACCAUGGACUUUCAAGGAAUCAUUUGAUACUCGAAAGAUGGAAAAACGUUUUUUUAGGCUAUAAGAUUGGAAUCUCAAAAGCUCCUGUCUUUGCAAAGCAACCUUCUGCUCAGUAUUCUUUCACUGGCCUGUCUCUGCCUCGUCCCUAGCUGGAGACGUUUCACAUAGAAAAUACGCUCAACGCUCCCCAGUUACGAUAAAAACUUCGACAUUUCAAUUCGGGACAUACUUUUUUCGUACAGUGGAUAUCGUUAAAGGCAUGUGAAUGUUUUGGAGUUUGUGUUAUAUUACGGGUAUUUUAUUUACAAUUCAUUUUCGGUAACGUUAGCUACUUACUAGCAUUAGCAUUCUGCUAGUUAGCUAGCUUAGCUAAGUUGGUUACCUAGCCUGCCAUCGAAAAAUCAUGUUUGGCUAGCUGUCUACUAGCUAACGUUAGAUAGCUAUCAUUAUCGGUGGGCUAAAUAAGGCCCGCUAGAGGUUGUUUUUCUUCGUUAAAAACACCGUCUUAUAUGACUUUGUAACGUUAGACCGAAGAGUUAGCUAACUGUUAGUGAGCUAAUAUCAGGUGACUAGAUAUCACCCACCUACCAGUAAACAUGUUGAUUUUUUUGUAGCUAGCGUUAGCUAGCUAGGUUAAGUAACGUUGGAUAUCAGCUGAUAUGCUAGUUUAGUAGCUAGUUAUGCAGGUAGUUCAGUUGGCAAGGUAACCAACUGUCACUAUCUGGCUAACGUUAGCUAGAUAAAAACUCUGUAUGUCCCCAAAGCUAGCUAACGUUAUCUGGGUAGCUAGCUAACUUGUAAUAAUUUAUAGUAGCUAGACCUUUUUGAUUCUGCAGACGAAAAGGAGUGCUCUAUGUACAGUAACGUGAUGCAUUGAUCGAGCCAUUUCAACAAGCCAUUUGAUUUGGCAUUUCAGAUUUCUUUGGUGCCAUAAUUUGCCAUCACAGAUCGUGCCAAUUAUUAACAAUCGCCUAGUUUCGCAGCUGUACAGGUGUGUGUCUGUUUUUCCUCAUCUUCGUGUGGUUGUCAGUUUAAUAAGAGUCCGUGAGCUACCUGCUGUCAUUUCUCAAAAUAUAUUGUGAAAUGCAGCACUUGACUCACAGAGAGCUGUGCAAUGCCAUUAUGCCUGCUGUCAUAAAUGGGUCGUUGCUAUUCUGCAACCCAAAAUGGGCCCAGUCUGAUGUGUCAGCCCCAUGACAUUCCAGAGGUUCAGCCAGUAGAUCUUUCACCAAAUCAAAUCCUCACACAGGAGAUUUGUCAUAGAUGUAUUAGCCCUGUCAUAUUCAGUGUUUUUGGCAUGACGAUUUCCAUAAAGACGAUUAGGUAUUCUUUGACAGMGAAUAGAGGUUUUACAUAAUCAACUAUCAUAAGUAAGUAGCCUUGGCUUGUGCAAGUGGGGCGGCUCAUCUCCUGGUUCUGUAUUGUGAGGCAGCUUGAUGUACACGUACACCUCCUGGACAGGACGCUAGUCUAUGGCAGGGCCUUACCCUCAAUCAAUCUCCUUAAUGCUGAGUGCCAAGCAGAGAUGCAUCGGGUCCCUAUCAUAGCUAUAUCAUAUAAUACAGAUCCUUCUCUCUUCCCAUCUGCUUGUUGUGACCCUGGGCGCCUCUCCACCCGUCCGCCCAUACCUUGACUCCAGAUAGAACCUGAUGCUUGUGUUGCCUCUUUAGCUCUCCCCCUCCCUCCAUCCCUACACAGGGACAGUUAUGAGUCAGCACACAAGGGCUUGGAUUAGUAGCCUGUGACAGUAUAGCACUGAGCCUUCUGACAGUCAAGGCCAACACAUGGCCACACAACAAUAGUAAGAUCCUUGGUCUUUAGAAAAUACAUUUACACCCCCGGAGUGCCACUCCUAUAUCUUUGACAGAACUUGUKUGCAAGGAAUUAUUCAGUGGAUCAAACUGAUGUUAAAUCUGCACCYUUAGAUAAUGGUGGYUAGGUCAGGUAGGUCUGAAUUGGACAUAACAUGAAUGUAGGCUACAACCACUGCACAUACACAAACCUUUCAGUUUGUUGUUGCAGGUAGUUUUGUGUAAAUGUUGGUUGAUGUCAUGCAACAAUGUUUUCUAAUACUUUUCUUUAUUUUUCCCAAUCAGGAACCAUGGGAAUCCCUCAAAUAACCUACCCCAGAAGGAACCCCUAGCAUGUCUUCAUGAGCCACUCCUGGUUCCAUCUGUUGCCCCAGUCUCUCUSAAUCGGAUUCAGUGUCUAUGGCUCUGAAUGACCGAGACAAAUAUGGAAAUCUCGUUGGUAUUCAGUAGUAAAACUAUGAAGGGUCUCAAAGGUUAGGAUUCAGUGAGCUUGCCUCACAUCACACUGGCACCCAGCCCAUACUUCAUCCAACUUUGAGAGUGAAAUUGUAGUGCACUGCAAAGUCCUCUUUAUUGGAAGGCAAAGAUGCCAUGUACUCUGAAGUCUCUGGUUGAUGUGUGAUAUGCUUUAAGGUGUUGUGUACUAAACCAACUAGAACAAUGAAUGGAGGAAAGGACUGUAAGGGAGGGGUCUCAGAGGGGGUGGGGCAUACAGCCCCUGUCCAGGUCCCUAUUGGCUGGCAUCGCAAGGUGGAUCCAACUAAUGGAGUCCUCUACAUCAGUCCCAGUUGCUCGGUGCUGUCCUGUCUAGACCAGGUGAAGAGCUACCUGCUCACAGACGGGACCUGCAAGUGUGGCCUGGAGUGCCCACUCAUCCUCCCAAAGGUGUUUAACUUUGAUCCGGGAGCUGCCAUUAAACAGAGGACGGCUGAGGACGUGAGGGGAGAAGACGUCACCAAGCUGUGUAUCCAUAAGAGAAAGCUGCUGGCUGUGGCCACUCUACACAAAACUAUGGCGCUGCCACACCCUGCUCUGACUCUUACCAGUCCUGGUGGAGGUACAAGUUCAACAUCAAUGGUCCCGUCACAUUCCACGAAUCCCCGAGCAAUACGGAAUAAAUCUCACCAGUCACUGCUACCCAACUCUGUGGUUCCGAACUGCAAGAACCCUUUCAAAAUGAUGAUGGCGGCUGCAGCAGGUCACCGGCACUUUCCCCAAGAGCUAGGAGAUCCACCCCAGCAGCUAGAGCUUUACCCUGGUUAUCCCAACAGACAGCAGAGACUGAGCAGUGAGCCUGGGCCCAGGUCUUCGUACUGCUCUGGCUAUGGUAGCAUGCUGAGUCCAGGGGGCCACGGCUCCCAGCUCUAUGGGCCCAGGGACGGGUCACCACUCUCCCCUAGCCUCAGGUCUGAUCCUCUGGGGAGCCCAGAUGGGUUUAGAAACAACCUAUGUGGCUUCCCUGGAGCCACCAGCUCCAGCCCCAUCCACGGGGCCAACAGAACGCCUCUCUCCCCACCAGGGAUGCUCCUCCACGGUUCUCCGGCUGGGACCCAGACGUCCUGRGCUAUGGCAGGAAGGAAUAGCACACCCCUCUCCCCUACCGCCACUGCCAAAAGCCCAGUCAUGAUGAAGAAGCCUGUGUGUAACUUCCCCAGAUCCCCCAGUAUGGAUAUUUCCAUACGAGCACCGUUUCACCUCAAUACACAGCCCAGCGCCCCACACCCUGGCCCCCCGUCUGCCAUACCUCCCUCCUGCACCCUCCAGAAAAAGCAGAUGACCUCUGAAAAGGACCCGUGCAUCCUAGACCCCAUCCCCAGCAAGCCUAGCAUCACUAUCAGCCAGACAAACUCCAAAACAAACUCCAACUUCCAACCUAGUGUCCACUCCUCUCAGGUACCAAUGAUGAAUGUAAACAUGAACAACCCCUCCUCCCGCCAUCGUCCCUUGCCAAGCAACCUCCCUCUCCCCACUGUCAACCCAGCCCAGGGCCACAGCCACGGAGGUCACAUGCAGAGGACUCAACAUCAGACCUCCAUAACCACCUCCAUGUCCCCCUCCCCUCACUCCCCAGUCCACAUGUCAGGCCCUGUCCUGGGCAGCAGGAUGGAGGCCUCUCCCCAGCGCUCCCGCUCCUCCUCCACCUCCUCGGACCACGGGAGCUUUGCUUUGCCCUCAGGCCCCAGUCAGGGUCCGUGUGGCGGGAUGAAAGUUCCUCCUCGCUCCCCCGGCCCCCCAUGCCCAAACAUGCCCUCCAGCCCCUCCUCUGCCAAGCCUGACUCACACCCACUCCACCAGUACAAAGACCUACCAGUCAGCUGCUGGUUGAGAUGAGUAACCAGAACGCUAUCAACCCCAGCACAACAACCCCGGCAUGUACCCCCUGCCACCUCUCUGAAGGGACAGAACCACCCAGGUCUGUUAGGGAUGCCCCUGAACCAGAUCGUGAACCAGCAGAAUGCUGCCUCCUUCCCCGCCAAGCUACUGUCAGCAGCAGCCAAAGCACAGCUAGCAAAUCAAAACAAACAUGGUGACAACAGCAGUGAGACUGGCAGUAGAGGUGGAGGCCCAGGUAGGGUUGAUGGUAAUGGUGGUAGUAGUGGAGUUGGGCAUCCCAGCUGCAUAGAGAGGCCCAGUAGCAGCACUUUAAACCCCAUGCUUCCCCCUAACCACCAUGCCCUCCAUUGCGGAAGCAGCAGCAGCAGGGGGCCAGAGCGGUCGGGCUGCCCUCCGGGACAAGCUCAUGGCCCAGCAGAGAGACAGAGGAGACCCCCUGCUCCCAGCAAGAACCUACUGGCCCAACAGAGGAUGCUAGGCCAAGGGGAGGGUCAAGGUAUGUACUGCCGGAGUAUGGACUCUGGAGUCCCUCAUUACUCAAGCCCUCGGUUCCCAGGGUUGAUGAACCAGAUCCAGGCCAAUUCGUUGGUGAACUGUGGCCCUCUGGGGCCCGGUGGACAACCUAGUGAACUGCAGCAUGGCCAGCCUCCAGCCCCACGUCAUCAACAGCUCAAGCAGUGGUGGUGGUACCCAGGUGUUCCAGCAGCAUCAUGCCCAGCAGCAGCAGCUUCAUCAGGGCAUUCAGCGGGCCAUGCAGGGCCUCCCUCCUGGCUACAGGGCUCACAGCAACCUGGCUUCCCUGAAACAACAACUCCUCCAACUCCCACCCUAUGGCCUGCCUGUUCCAGAACUUCCAGGGGUGUUUGCCAGACAAACGACAUUUCAGUCCCUCACUCACAGAUGAUCUCUCAGUCCGGUAUGACAUCACUUCCUGAGUCUCAGGGGAUGCUGUCACACACCCAGUUUGGUGUCAGCCAACGGGGGAUGCAGCAGACGCAGGGGAGGGGGCUUCCCCCAGGGAUGCACGGCUCUGAUAGGCUACCCAGCGGAGGGGUGGAGUCUGUAGACGCCAUCUACAGGGCUGUGGUGGAUGCUGCCAGUAAAGGAAUGCAUGUAGUCAUCACCACCACGGUUAGUGGCACUACCCAGUCCAGCCCUGUACCCACUCUCAGCACCAUGACUGCCUUCACUAACUCCGUAGGGGAGCCGGUCAGCAUCAACCACAACCUCKCUCACAGCCAUGCUGCAGUCAGCCAUAGUGGCCAGCGGGUAGCGCACCAGGAGGGGGAGCAGACACCGACCCUGAGCCAACAGCCCAGACCCAGGCAGGUCAGAGCAGGACYGCCRCGGAAGAACUCUGGUCAGGGGAAGAGUACUGUUAGCAUCCCCGAGGGUCAGGGAGCACUUCCAGAGGCCUCCCACCAGGACUACUUCAGAUCCCCAGGCCAUGGCACCCCCAGGGGGCAGUGGGAAGGCGAGACUGGGUACCCUGGAAGUCUGGACAGAGGUCACACGGCAUGGGGUGGUGAGGAAUUCCUAGAGUGCUCCACUCAUGUCCGCAGCAGCCCCUGUAUGGAGAGACCUGGGAGUCUAGCUCCUGCACCCUCCUGUCCAGCCGACAGCGCCCCCCACGAAGGUCACCACCACUCUCUCCCCGUCCCCUCAGACAAGGCCUUCCUGGAGGAUGGAUUCAACCGCUUCAACAACUGCAACCGGACGGCCGUGAACAUCGUUAACUACAAAGAGAGGUUGGAUCAGACMGUAGAGAGAUGCGCCCAUAUGAACGGAGGUGGCGUCGGACCCCCCCAGGUCCAGUUCUCUCUACGGGGGUACGGUGUGUCUGACCCCCUCGGCCCCCCCAGACAGGGGGACCUAACCGGGGACGACCAGUCUCCCAGCUCCUCCACCAGCCUGGAGGGUCCGUUGGUUAAAGAGUACGUGGGCCACUACAACGGUCACUUCAACGGAGGCUGUGCCCCCAGCCCGUCUGACACCAAGUCCCUGAGCAGCGAGGAGGACCUGAGGCAGCCYGACAGCCCCUCGUCAGAGAUGCUCCACUAUAGACCCAGGACGUUUAACAUGGGGGAUCUGGUCUGGGGACAGGGCUUUAAAGGGUUCCCAUCCUGGCCUGGUAAACUGUCAGGGGAGGAGGCGGGGCACAACCAUCACCACCAUGGCCGCCUGCAGCUCAGAGAGGACAGCAAGGUGGAGCCAGAGUAAGCUGAAACACUAAUACACAUGACCUAGAGG